AUGCAGAUUUUCGUCAAGACUUUGACUGGCAAGACCAUCACCCUCGAGGUCGAGUCGUCGGACACCAUCGACAAUGUUAAGCAAAAGAUUCAGGACAAGGAGGGCAUUCCCCCCGACCAGCAGCGCUUGAUUUUCGCCGGCAAGCAGUUGGAGGAUGGUCGCACCCUUUCCGACUACAACAUCCAGAAGGAGUCCACUCUCCACCUUGUCCUCCGCCUUCGCGGUGGUAUGCAAAUCUUCGUCAAGACUCUCACCGGCAAGACCAUCACCCUUGAGGUGGAAUCGUCCGACACCAUCGACAAUGUCAAGCAAAAGAUCCAAGACAAGGAGGGUAUUCCUCCCGAUCAGCAGCGUCUCAUUUUCGCCGGCAAGCAGCUUGAAGACGGCCGCACCCUGAGCGACUACAACAUCCAGAAGGAGUCUACCCUCCAUCUCGUUCUUCGUCUGCGUGGUGGUAUGCAGAUCUUCGUCAAGACUCUUACCGGCAAGACGAUUACUCUCGAGGUUGAGUCUUCCGACACCAUCGACAACGUGAAGCAAAAGAUUCAGGACAAGGAGGGUAUCCCACCUGAUCAGCAGCGUCUCAUCUUCGCUGGAAAGCAGCUCGAGGAUGGUCGCACUCUUUCCGACUACAACAUUCAGAAGGAAAGCACCCUGCACUUGGUCCUCCGUCUCCGUGGUGGUAUGCAGAUUUUCGUCAAGACCUUGACGGGCAAGACGAUUACGCUGGAAGUCGAGUCCUCGGAUACGAUUGACAACGUGAAGCAAAAGAUCCAGGAUAAGGAGGGUAUCCCGCCUGACCAGCAGCGCCUGAUCUUUGCUGGUAAGCAGUUGGAGGAUGGCCGCACGCUCUCGGAUUACAACAUCCAGAAGGAAAGCACUCUUCACUUGGUCCUGCGUCUCCGUGGCGGCCAGUAA